CAAUGUUUUGCAGUAUAUCGCGGUCCUGAGUCUGAUUGUUGUGUGUCAUAUUUGUGAUGCUUCUUCACCCUGAUACCAGCUGAAAGUACUGCAAAGAGCUCUACACCGUCAACAGUAAACAGUCUGCUGCUGUGCUCUGUGAUGAUGUGAUGGUGGCGAUGGAAGGAAGGAGGGGCUGGGAGACUGGCAACACACACACACACACACACACACACACACAGCAGCCGCUACGGAAAGAUGGAGGAUGGUGUGGCAGCGGCGGAGCAGACUUCCAGCCUGUAGCAACGUCCCUCCGGUAAACAGCAUUCUUGGAGCAACAUUUUGAAUGGGAUAUGGAUGUCUAAUGGUCUUAUCAGGACGUGCAGUAAGGAGUGCAUUGCAGUAAUCCACUCUACAGCAGCCUUUCCCUCCUGAUGAUGGGCUCUUAAACAUGUUCUCUGACACUUCAAAAUAAACCAGAAUCAGACUGCCAUGAAUCCCCAUGAGAUGGAGCCUGGUCAGAAAGUGAUGGAGGAGACUGAUGUUCCUCUUCGCAAUCAACACAACAGCAACAACAGCCGAUCCCGUAACCACAGCAACCAGGAAAAACGCUACAGACGCUCUGAGGCUUUAGCUGGAGGAAGUGCUGGUGGCAGAAUCAAAGCAUCACAGAUGCACAAACCACAGGAUGAGCCAGAGAUGGAGGUUCAACAUGGAGCUCAGUCUUCUCAACCACAGCAAAUUCAGCCCAUUCCUCGACCUGCAGUGACACGUUAUCGCAGACAGGGGGACAGUGAGGCUCGGAUCAGAGCCCAGCAGCAGAGGCACAGACAGAGGCAGCAGAGAGAGGCAGAGAGAGCGCAACACUCAGCACAACAGGAGAAGCAGCAUCAUGCAGAGAUGACCCAGGAAGAUGAACGAGAAAGAGACGAUUCAGUGCUAGCCCGUUCAGCAAGUACUGAGAGUGGCUUCCACACCCAUACUGACCGGGCCGAGGGAGACGAUGGUCUGGUGAUGAUGUCUCUGGAGCCUGAGGGGCAGCCAGAGGUGGAAAAUGAAGUGGGCAGUUAUGGGCUACAACUACAGUCCAAACCAGAGGGGUACACUGAAAGUGCAGAGACUGAACAGCAACAUCUUCAUUCACAUACCAACUAUCCUUCUCAGCUCCCACCCCUUCCACGUGAACCCUUGCCUAAUGUCCAACAUUUACAAAGAGACGAUGAAGCAGAAGACAUACUGAAUGCCGGAUACUCCAACUAUGUCCUUACCCAGCCCCUCAGUCACUCUGGGGAAAGGUCCAAUGUCUCAGCUGAUCUGAACCUGGAAAGUUUAGAUGCCUAUUCUGAGCCAUAUGACAUUUAUUCACUCUCUGAGCAUGUUUACGAAGAGAUCUGUGAUGCUCCAACGUUAGUUUCAUCUGAUGCAGGUGGGACAAAUGAUACAGAGUCUCUCCAACAAGCAAGGGCAGGUAUUCAGCUGUUGCAGGGACCGGUGGAAGGUAGAGAUUAUCAUCAUCAGCAGGAGGCGGUGGGCUCCCGUCUGCACCACUAUGAUGAACGGUCAGACGGCGAGUCAGACAGCCCCGAAAAGGAGGCUGAAUUUGCCCCGUACCCACGUGCUGACAGCUGUGACCAGGAGGAGGAUAUUGACAGCAUCACUGCUGAGGUAAAAGAAAGCCUAAGCUCUCUUGAUCGUGCUGCAGAAGACACCAUAGAGGAAGAAAAUGAGCUUCUGCAGCAAGAAGACAAACCCCAACCUGAGACCCAAAUCAACUCUGACAAAAUCCAAAAUGAUGCCAGUCAAGAGAAAAAAGGUGGACAGCAGACUAUGAGUCCUUCAGAGGAGCCUGUAGCUGUGAGGAACAGUCAGGAGAAGAGGGAUGCUAUAUCUCUAGCCAUUAAAGACAUCAAGGAGGCCAUAGAGGAAGUGAAAACAAGAACAGUGAGAUCUCCUUAUACACCUGAUGAGCCAAAAGAGCCCAUUUGGGUAAUGAGGCAGGACUUGAGCCCCACUGCUGAAUGUGACCUACAGCCAUCACUUGGAGGUGAUUCUCCUGGUUCAGGCUCACCCUCUCCUCCUGGAGCAGAGUCAUCCAGCAGACAUCUGCUUCAAGAUGACAGCUUUGAAGUGUCUCCUUCCAGUAAAGAGUCCAGGAGAAGCCUUGCAUCCUUUCCCACAUAUGUAGAAGUGCCUGGCCCCUGUGACCCAGAGGACCUGAUUGAUGGGAUAAUCUUUGCAGCCAACUACCUGGGCUCCACUCAACUGUUGUCAGAUAAGACACCGUCCAAGAACAUCCGCAUGAUGCAAGCACAGGAGGCUGUCAGCCGCAUCAAGACGGCCCAGAAAUUAGCCCAGAACAGGACAAAGGCCUGUGAGGGAGAGCCUCAGCCCAUGACCGAGGUGGAUCUCUUCAUUUCAACGCAGAGAAUCAAAGUGCUCAACGCUGACUCCCAGGAAACCAUGAUGGACCACCCUUUGCAGACCAUCUCCUACAUUGCUGACAUAGGUAACAUUGUGGUUCUGAUGGCCCGGCGCAGGAUGCCUCGACCUGACUCUCAGGAGAACGUGGAAGCUUCAGACCCAGGUCAAGACAGCAAGCGCCAGUACAAGAUGAUUUGCCAUGUGUUUGAGUCUGAGGAUGCCCAGCUGAUUGCCCAAUCCAUUGGGCAGGCCUUCAGUGUGGCUUACCAGGAAUUUUUACGAGCCAAUGGCAUUAACCCUGAGGACCUAAGCCAGAAGGAAUACAGUGACUUGCUGAACACUCAAGACAUGUACAAUGACGACCUCAUCCACUUCUCCAAAUCUGAGAAUUGCAAAGACGUGUUUAUAGAGAAAGCUAAAGGGGAGAUUCUGGGUGUGGUUAUUGUGGAGAGUGGAUGGGGAUCCAUCCUACCCACUGUCAUCAUUGCCAACAUGAUGCAUGCUGGUCCAGCUGAGAGAUCGGGCCGACUGAACAUAGGAGACCAGAUUAUGUCAAUCAAUGGAACCAGUCUGGUGGGACUACCGCUAUCCACCUGCCAGAGCAUCAUAAAGGGUCUGAAGAACCAGUCUCGGAUCAAGCUGAACAUUGUGAGAUGUCCCCCAGUCACUACUGUGCUCAUCAGACGGCCAGACCUUCGCUACCAGCUGGGAUUCAGUGUCCAGAAUGGCAUAAUCUGUAGCCUUAUGCGCGGUGGCAUUGCUGAACGGGGUGGGGUCAGAGUGGGGCAUCGCAUCAUCGAGAUCAACAGCCAGAGUGUGGUAGCCACACCCCAUGAAAAAAUUGUCCAUAUCCUGUCCAGCGCUGUGGGAGAGAUUCAUAUGAAGACUAUGCCUGCAGCCAUGUACCGCCUGCUGACCGCCCAGGAGCAGCCUAUUUACAUUUAAUAAGCAAAGCCCUGACCUCACAUCUUUUAAACUUCCUGCAGUCAAUUCCCACUCCUUAAGGCAAGCACCUCAACCCAGCCCAGUUCUCAUUCUGUGCAGCUGAUGGAUUCUAGUGCGUUGUUGGUAGCCCUGUUCUGUUGCUCAGACUCAUCUCGUGGCAACAUAGAAACCCAAAUUAUCCAUCUGUAUCGACUGAAAUACUUGUUUUCUUACUUUAGUUAAAUGUAUGAUUAAUGAAUGAAUCUUUACACCUAAUGCAUUUUCAACACCUAGUAGUGUCCCACAAUCCUUUACUUAUCUUUGUGUUUCACAGUUGAUGUUUUGAAACUCCAACGCAAAGUAAAGAAUUGGGAACAUUUGGAAAGUGUAACUAACAGUUUAGGCAACUAAGACAAUUUAGGUGUCACACAAUAGUAACCUCAUUUUCAUGAGCUUGGAACUGCAGUCUGUGCAACCAAUCCUGAGUGCACUUUCACCCAUGCUGCUACUUCACUGGCAGGAGACUUCCUGCAUCUCGGUAUAUAUCCUCCAUCAGAUAAUUUCCAUGAAAAAAAUACUUUUUAUGUGCAAUUACAUGGUCAUGUUGUAGCUACAUAUUUUGGGACCAAGCCUGUUUCCACUUUCAGCUUCCCCUUCUGCUGGUCACUUUCUCUCAUCACAUACACUCCCUGUGUGUUGGUGCACAGAAGUCUCCACAGAGAAUCGUGGUAAUAAGCGAUUGUGUCAAGACACUAUCACUCGUUACAUUCCACACAUUUGCUGCAUUGUUGUAGCAUCUAUGCUGCAGGUCAAGUUUGCACUCAUUUUUCCUCAUUUUUUUAAAUAGUAAAACCUUCCAACUCCAUCGUUACAGGUUGUUAUAGCAGUUGCAUUUCCAUUUACUGUCUCUAGAUAGCACCAGCAGUAGCUCCAGUUAUCAUGUAAUUACCCCAGUUAGCCUAAUACACCUCUUACACCACAUACCUAUGUCCAAGCAGUGUGUCCAAAGAUAAAAUUGAUAACUUGGGACUCUGUUAUUUGCACAAAAAAACACAGGAAUGGAAUGUUGCUUAAUGCCAGUACUGUUUGUUUCCACCAGACUGAUAAAUGUAUGUGAACUUAGUGCUUUUCUUGCCCUAAAUUUUAUAAGCAGCCAGAAACACUGAAACACUAUUCUACCUAUAGUAUUAAACACAACACAUGAAACAAUACCAGAAACCCUGUUUUUUAAUUUGGCUUCUGUAAAAAAAGAAAAAAAAAACAACUAGAAGAAGUUCAUAUUUAGAAAAUAUUUAGCAGUGUGCAUUUGUUGGUUGACUAAUAGGGAGCAGACUUAUAGUCUGCUUCCUAUAUCAAUAUGUGGUUUUGUGGGACUCCCUAAAGAAUGUAUACUAAACACUGCUUGUUACAAAUACAAAUAAUGCUCAAGCAAUUUCAGAUUUUCAAGUGAUAGCUCAAGGCAUGUGUGGCAUUAACAGACAAAGGUUGGUUUUUAAAGCACAUAUGCUGAACCAGUUUACUGCGGUUUCCCUUUAUUGAAACAAUUCUUUUCUCCUUUCAUGAUAUAAAUAGAAAUAUUAAAUUGCAGAUGUUUUUUUCUUACCAUUCUUGGAUCAGUGUUAGAUCGUUGGAACUUGUCCUUUGAGAAACUUAAUGGCUUUUUAAUGAUAAACUCUGGUGAUAAGAGUCACAGAUAGUAUCUCAACUAUGAAUGGGUUAGUUGGGGUCAGUGUAAAAUGUAAUAACAGUAUAGCAUAACUGGGAAGUGUGAGCAAAAGCAAUGAUAAGUAAAGUGGUGAGUGUGACAUGACUGUUGUUUGAUGGAAUUAGUUAGUGGAAUUUAUUAAGGCAACAGGUAAACCCGUUGUGUUGGAUGUGUUUAGUUUGCAUAGUCAGCAAACCAAAAGUCAAGCAGUUGAAAACAGAAAACAAGAAUGAACGACACAGACUUGAACAUGUGUCAGUACAUUUUAUCGAAGUAAGGCUUAUCAGCAGACAAGUUCAGGGACAGCUCCUAUUACAAAUCAUGGAAGUACAAUGAAAACAGUGUAAUUACUCAAGUGACAAAGUUUCUUAAUUAAAUAAAUGUAACUGCCAGGUACAUUUAUUGAUCACCAAAGACCACUUUCAUUCACCUUCUAAUGUGGAGCACCAUUUAAUAACCAAAUUUGUGAAUAGGUUGUUUGAAUUCUGCAAUGAUAUUUCAUUUUUUGAUUUUUUUUGUUAUUGUAAAUGGAAUACAUGAAAAAAGUUCUGUCAUUUUCAUGGAAAGAAAGAGUGGGAAGGAGAAACAUUUUAUAUGACAUUACACGCUGUUUGACAAAACAGUAGUUUCUCUGUCCACUCUGUCUCAGACCAUACAAUGACAUCAUACCGAAAGACAUUCAGAAUGUCAUGUCUGCUAAAGCUCCACUGUAAACUGUUUACUUUCCUCCAACUGUCCCUUUUAUGCAAACUGUCCAUGUGUUCAACUGUUUUCACAAGUGCAAUGACUUCUGUGUUCUUUUUGUCAACAGACUUGAAACAUGAUUCUUUUUAUGUCUUCAAAUCAGCUGAUAAUAUUCUGUAUUUAUACACAAAUACAUCAUUGUAAGGUAUUUUGUUUUUUGCAUUUGAAUGGUGCUGGUCAUUUUUAGGGUGCAUUGUAAUCGCCUAUUUUUCAUCUUUCACAACAUCAACUGGAAAAGACAUGGAUUAAUUAAUCCUUAAAACUACUGCUGUUGUCAAGGUUUCCAGUUUUUAGAGGUGAUUUUUUAGACUGUGGAAGAAUAACUAACUCACCAGAUGUAGAUGUAAGCCCACCAUUUCCUAUGCCCAUUUCAAACAUCUUUCUCCUUGCCUUCUGUCAUCUGCGUGUUACAUUUUCAAAAUUGCCCUUUGCUACAGGAAGCAAGAACAACCUCUGAGCAGCAACCUACAUGCUUAAAAUUCAAACUUUUGCAAAAGAUUUGCAUUGUGCAGUAAGGCAGCCCUGCUUGUUUUUUUUUUUUUCAGCGAAUUAUCCAUUUUAAUGACAGUGCUUGCCUUCCUUUGCGCAAAUAGUCCACCAAAACAAUUCCCCAUCACUAUUUUGUGGCAGCAUGUUGCUGUAAUCAGAGCACAGUGGCCGAGGCAAUUGUAAUUGGUUUUCAGCAACACAAAUCUGUGUUUCUUUUCCCGCAAAAUGAUUAUGAGGUGCAGCCAAACCAACUCCAGAGAGAGAAAUAAGUACGAGAAAAUAAGAAAGACGUUUCUGCAAUGGAAUAUGUCAAUAGACUAGUAGAGAAAAGGCAGUAGCCUAUUUGUGCUCCUGACACUGGAACUGACUUUAAUACUUUCAAAUUUCUACCAUUCUGAGGUAAAUAUAUUUUUAAUAGAUCUGUGUCAUAGAAGUGCUGAGAUAAGACAAAGUCACAUGAAUUUGAACAAAGAAGUAAAGCAAUGCAGUUUGUCCUGUUUGUAGAGGGAAUAAGAGUAAAAACAAUGAUGUUACAGGAAAUGUUUCCCUCCUGUAUAGUCCUGUGCAAAAGCAAAAGUAUAACGAGGAUGGUUUCAGAAAUACUGCCAUGAAUCUUUUUUUUUUUAUCACCUUCAGACAAAGUGCAGAAAAGAGGACACAAUAAAAAUCAGCAUUUGGUGUAAGCACCUUUUGCAUUCCAAACAGUAGCAGUUCUCCCUGAACACAAUGUCCUGUCCUGUCCUGCCUGAAAGGAUGCGCUGCUCGAGCGGAGUCAUGGAGCACAGAGGAAAAUAGGUGGAACCACGUCCCCUCAUCCUUUCAAGCACAAAGCUUUUAGUUUUUUUUUCGAAUGCCGACAAUGAAGAGGCCUCGUUUCUAGUAGCUGCACAGGAGCAGCAUUGAAAUCAAUAGGUUUCAUAGUGCAGCAAUGUGUUUGGCAGUCUGUGCCUCAUGUAAUCCCAGAUAAAUUCCAUAAUUUUAUAUCAAAGCUCUUUGGGGCCAUGCCACCAGGACUCCACCAGGAUUUUUUCUUUCUGUAGCUUAAGAGUGCCUGAAACUUUUGCAUGGCACUAUUAUGGCUAGAACACAUGGAAGCACAUUUUGAACAGAUUUACUUUUACUGGAGAAAGUGUCCCACAAUAUUUUCAUGUAUCAGGAAAUCAUGUAUAAAUCUGAGUCUGUGUAAGAUAGACUUAGACAUUGGUUAAAAACAUUUUUUUAAAAAACGUUUAGUCUAUUUCUCCUAAUAUGCCAUUUAAUUAACUGAUUGUCUUUGGAGAUACUUUAUGUAUUUGCAAUCGCAAAAUAUCCCCAAGCUGAUGUGCUUCAUGUAAAACUUCAUUGAUCUGAUUAAUUGAAUUUGGCAUAUUUUGCCUGUAAAUUCUCAGGUGACAUUAUUUCAAAAUAUAUAUAUUUGUCAACCAAUAGUCAAGUCAUUGUAUUUGCAUUUAUAAGAUACAAAUCAGAUUUCAUUUUUAUUUGAGGCUCAAAUUAUUUGUGUAACCAUUUUAAAAAACACAACUAGUGCAUGUACUGUUCACAUCAGCACACGUGUUUUGUGUCUUUUGGAAUAGACAUCUACUGCAGCAGAUACUUUAGCUUCCACUGAAGUUGACUGUCACCACUGACCGGUGACAGAUAUUUUAGAGUUUACACAACAAAUGGUGAAUUACUUUGAUGGAUGUAAAACUAAAUCAGUCGAAAUGGAGAUUUAUUUUACUUCUGACCUAUGGUGGAUAUAUCUGGAACACCUCCUGUUUCAUUUGAACUCUACCCCAACCCCUCAGACCCCAUCCUGUCUCUGGGAAUGUACCUGCUACAUCACAUGUCAGAUGCUGUGAACAGGACUUGUGUUCACCUCUUUGACUCUUAUAUUUUUAAGACUAACAUUUUGCUUCCUGUAUCCCCCAGCUUCAAAACCCUGUGCUUAUUCUAAAUGACUGCCCUUUACAAAGAAACUUGUUUUGGCCUUACUACUGCUACUGGACUUUUCAUGAUGUGAAAACUGAUACUGAAGAAGAAUAGGGGAGAAGCGAGCCAGUUCUGGACUCAACAUGACCUUCUCUGGAGGAGUCAUGUGAUUAUGCUGUACUGUUCUUUCUUCUAGUGUAUGUGUGUGGUGUAUGAUUACAACCAAUGUACUCCAUAUUUAAAAAAAAAAAUUGCUAUAUAAAUAUAUAUAUAUAUAUAUAUAUAUAAUACACAUAUAGGUAUACUAUAUAGACAAGUAUGUAAAGGUAUAUACUUUAUUGGUUUUGUGUGUUUGGGUUGGGAUAUAAUCAGAUUAAGUCAUUAGAAAGAAUCUUUAAAGGUGGAUGGAAUGUAAGAAAUGGAUUGUGUGAAGUGAUGUGUGUAUAUUUACAGCUAGAGCACAAGUGUGUGAUAUUUUCCCUUACUGGUCUGUCAGGGAUUGUAGGCUAGCUCAAGACAGCUAAGCUAUCAAGGACACAAGCACUUGAACAUAGCCAGGGCAGGCAAAUAAGUAUUUACAAAUGCACUCAUUUUGAAUGUAACUGAAACAUUAACUCUCAGUGUGUCUAAACAUAAAAAACAUUGAAGAAAAAUGAUCAUUUCUGUAAGGCAGCAGCAAUGUUUAUUUAUUUGCUAGCUUUUUUUUUGUGAUGUUCUUGCUGUUGGAGCUACAUUUCUGUAUCAGAGCCAGAAUGUUUGUAUCUGUAAUUACAAUAAAUGAUUCGCAGAGGGA